AUGGUACGUCAAUGCAAGGCCUUUAUCCUCUCCCUCGUCAGGGUUGGACUGCUGCUGGGCCUAGCUAACCCACUGGUGACCUCUGCUUCAUGUCCCUCUGCCUGUCGUUGUGACGGGACCUUCAUCUACUGUAAUGACCGUGGCCUAACUUCCAUCCCUACUGGUUUACCCCUAGAUGCAACAGUGCUCUUCCUGCAAAACAAUCGCAUAAAGAGCUCAGGAAUUCCCACAGAGCUAAGCAGGCUCACAAAUGUGGAGAAGAUCUACCUUUACUGCAACAAUCUAGAUGAAUUCCCCACUAACCUUCCUCUUGGUCUGAAAGAGCUCCAUCUUCAGGAGAACAACAUUCGAAUGAUUACACAUGCAACUUUAGCCCAGAUUCCUUAUAUUGAAGAACUUCACCUUGACGAUAACUCUGUAUCAGCGGUCAGCAUUGAAGAGGGGGCCUUUAGGGACAGCAGUCACCUUAGAUUGCUUUUCCUCUCCAGGAACCACCUAAGUACCAUCCCCUCAGGUCUACCCAUGAGUAUUGAAGAGUUGCGCUUUGAAGACAACCGCAUCUCGUCAAUCUCAGAACAAUCACUGCAAGAUCUAAUCAACCUGAAGCGGUUGAUAUUGGAUGGAAACCUGCUCAACAACCGUGGGAUUGGAGAGAUGGCUUUCAUCAAUCUGAUUAACCUUACUGAGCUCUCGCUAGUGAGGAACUCCCUGACAUCCCCGCCAGCAAACCUGCCAGGCACAAGUUUGGAGAAGCUGCAGCUACAAGAGAAUCACAUUAAUAGGGUCCCACCCGGGGCUUUUGCCUUCCUUCGACAACUGUAUCGAUUGGACCUAUCUGGCAACAACCUGAGCAGUCUCCCACAAGGAGUCUUUGAAGAUCUGGACAAUCUCACACAGCUUUUGCUACGCAACAACCCCUGGCAAUGCAAUUGCAGGAUGAAAUGGGUGCGUGACUGGCUCCGAACAUUGCCAUCAAAAGUAAAUGUACGGGGUUUCAUGUGCCAGGGCCCUGAUAAAGUAAAAGGCAUGGCUCUCAAAGACUUAACUACAGACAUGUUUGACUGCACAGAUUUAGAAUUCAUUCCAACAUACGAGACAAGCACAGUCUCCAACACUUGGCGGCCCACACUGCCACAGUGGCCCUCAUUUGUGACUAAAAGGCCUGGAGUGAAGGGACCAAAUAUCGGCAGAAAUUACCAUGACACCACCAUUUCAUCAGGCAGAAAGAUCAUCACAAUCAGUGUGAAGUCAAGUAGCGCAGAUACAGUACACAUAUCAUGGAGGGUAUCACAACCCAUGACUGCCCUCCGGCUCAGCUGGCUAAAGCUGGGACACAGCCCUGCAUUUGGAUCCAUCACAGAGACGAUUGUACAAGGGGAAAGGACGGAGUAUCUGCUCACUGCGCUGGAGCCAGAGUCAUCCUACAGGAUAUGUAUGGUUCCCAUGGAGACCAGCAACAUCUACCUGUCAGACGAGACUCCCGUUUGCAUAGAGACUGAGACCGGCUCUCAUAAAUCUUACAACCCGACCACAACUUUAAACAGAGAGCAGGAGAAAGAGCCUUACAAAAAUUCCAGCCUGCCUUUGGCUGCUAUCAUUGGAGGAGCUGUUGCACUUUUGGCAAUAAUCAUGUUGGCAUUGGUGUGCUGGUACGUCCACAGGAAUGGAUCACUUUUUUCCAGAAACUGCACCUACAACAAAGGCCGUCGGAGAAAGGAUGACUACGCCGAAGCAGGAACUAAAAAGGACAACUCAAUUCUAGAAAUAAGAGAGACUUCUUUUCAAAUGAUACCUAUCAAUCAGCUUCCUGUGUCCAAGGAGGAGUUUGUGAUACACACAAUUUUUCCACCUAAUGGCCUGAGUUUGUACAAGAGCCCACACAACGAGAACAGUAUUAACAACAGAAGUUACAGAGACAGUGGAAUACCAGAUUCGGACUAUUCUCAUUCAUGA